AUGAGAGGGUGGCAACACCCCUGGAAGGCAAGGAAAGGGAGGCUCUGGCGCAGGUCCUCAGGCCGCUCGGUGGCGGGAGGAAAUAAACCGGCGGCAGGGGCGGGUUUUCGAGAGGUGGGGGGGGCUGCCCUGGGGCGUGCGAGCCCGGCUCUGGCGCUCCGGCUCGCUGCUCUGCGUGUCCUGCUGAGCGGCUUCUUCGCACUCACCGUGGGGGCCAAGCUCGCAGAGCAGAUCGCGGCACCUGCGUGCCAGCAGAUGAAAGCCCUGUUCAUCCAGUUCACUGACGUGUUGCUGUUGGUGUUCAGCUACCAGGCAGAUCCCAUGAGCUACCAAGUGGCUGUGGGCUGGCUGGAACUGCUGGCUGGGUUGCUGCUGGUCCUGGGUCCACCGAUGCUGCAAGAGAAUAACUUUUUUUUGACCGUGCUCAUGAUGGGGGCUAUCUUCACUUUGGCGUCUCUGAAAGAGUCACUGAACACUUGCAUCCCAGCUGUCGUCUGCCUGGCACUCUGGCUGCUGCUGGAUAUCUGCCGGCUCUUAGUCCAACCUAAGAAAGUGGUCAGACCUCCUAGGAGGAAGACUCCAAGAACAUUCAAGGAAUCCUGAGAGUAGGUGUCUCUUGCCUGUCUGUGCCUUGUCACUGUCACAGCAGGAACAUGGAACACACAGAGUCCACCACCUUGUUACCAAUACAGUACAUCCAGGCUCAAAGUAUGGCCACACUGUUGAAACAGACAUCUUGUCUACCUGGCCCUGCUUCCUCUCGGACAUUUACUGCUGUUUUCUGACAUUUACUAACAUUCUCCUUGUCAUGUGAAAAUAGAAAAUAAGCAGAAAAGAAAUUUAAAUCACCCAACAUUUUAAUGCCCCCAAAUAACUACUUUCAAUUCCUUUGUAUAACUGUUACCUCUCAGUUCUUUU